UCGGCCGCUCUGAUUGUUCUGUUUCUGUGCGCUCACAAACCGCCAGGCUGCUGCUGCCCAGGUGCCGUUCAGCAGGAGGAUUUGAACCUAAAACCUGCUGUCUGUCUCCCUGGUGAGCUCCUCCUGGUUUCUUCCAGAAGAUUUUUUUUCUUUCUCACGCACUUUAAGAAGCUUUUUCUCCCCUUUGAAUUCGUUCUCUGUUGGACUUUGCUCGAACGCCAAAGAAAAUGUCAACUGUCAGCUCGAACCAGCUCAAGACCCGGGAGCCGAACCGAACCGUAUCGGGUUCUGAUCAGCAGGAGGCCGGAAUCCUUCAGCCGCAGACUGUCUUUGUCAUCCUGGACUCGGCUGAAACACUAAAUCUGGUCCGGGUGGAGUCUGGUAUCGUCGCUGACAUUGAGGUUGACAGUUUGCUGCCAUCAGAGUGUGACACCUUCUACGAGAUCAAGAGUCAGCCAAUCAGUAUCAGUCCGGCAGCAGCAGCUUCCUCAUCUUCAUCAUCCUCGCUGCCUUCAGCGAUGUCGUCCAGGGUUCUGAUGCGUCAGGAGUUGAUGCGUCAGCAGGCUCGGGAGCAGGAGCAGAGGGAGGCGCAGCAGCAGCUCUUUCGCCCAGCAGCAGACUCCUCCUCCUCCUCCCCGAUCUCAGUCUCUGUCUCCUCCCCCUCCUGCAGACCUCCUGCUCAGGUCCCAGUAGAGGUCCUGAAGGUCCAGACUCACCUGGAGAACCCGACCAGGUAUCACAUCCAGCAGGCGCAGCGGCAGCAGGUCCGUCAGUACCUCUCCACCACACAUGCUGCAGCCAAUCAGGUGCCAGCUGGAGUCUCAGCCAGCCCCUCCCCUCAGUUUGUCUCCACCCCCAGUGGAAAGUCUGAAGUCAGUGGUUCUCCCGACAGCCCAAAGGAGGAGAUGGAAGAGACGGUGAUUGAUGACAUCAUCAGCCUGGAAUCGAGUGUUAAUGAUGACUUCCUCACACUGAUCGACUCUGGAUUGCAGCUCGCCAACACGCUGCCCGUGUCGGGAAACAUGCUGGAUGUUUAUGGCGGCAGCGGCGGAGUGACCACACCCACCAUCACCGUUAGCAGCAGCUGCCCCGCCGACCUGCACAACGUCAAGAAGGAGGUGAACGAUGUGGAGGCCAAAGCGCUGAUUAAAGAAAGACAGAAGAAGGACAACCACAACCUGAUUGAGCGGAGGAGGCGAUUCAACAUCAACGAUCGGAUCAAGGAGCUGGGAGCGCUCAUCCCCAAGUCCAGCGACCCGGAGAUGAGGUGGAACAAAGGAACCAUCCUGAAGGCGUCAGUGGAUUACAUCCGCAAACUGCAGAAAGAACAGCAGAGAGCGAAGGACAUGGAGGAGAGACAGCGGAAGCUGGAGAUCGCCAACAAGUCUCUUCUGCUCAGGAUACAGGAGCUGGAGGUUCAGGCACGCCUCCACGGCCUCUCCGCCUCGACUCCUCCCACCUCCUCCCUGAAUGAAACUCUUGCCGACCCUCAGGCCCUCCUCGCCACCUCCCUUCCACAUCUCUUCUCAUCUUCCUCUUCUUUGGUCGGCAUGACGACCCUAGUGUCUGCGGCUGUGGGCAUGGACGCCCUCAGCUUCGCCGAGCUGGAUGACCCCCAGGGUGCCACUACUAUCUUUUCCCCGGACCUGAUGGCGGAUGUGGGCCUGGCGGCGCUGGACGGACUCGGCAACAUGCUGAUGGAGGAGGCCGAUGGCGGCAGCAGCGGCACAUUGUCUCCUCUAGGGGGCGGUGACCCGCUGCUCUCUUGUGGAGCAUCUAAGACCAGCAGCAGGAGGAGCAGCUUCAGCAUGGAGGAGGACCAGUGAGGGCCGGACAGUGAUGUCAUCAUCGCAGAGGCUUCUUAUUGGACACUGCUGGAAACAGAGCGCCGUCUUUUUUUUAUUGUUAUUUUAAUUUUUUUAAUGGAAAAAUUUUAAAAGUUGUUGACAACAAAAUGAACGACGGAGUUCAAACACUGUGUCUUAGCCUGUAACUGUGGUAACCACUGUGUCAUUCAGUGUCAGCAUGCCAACCGCUGUCAUCGAGCGUAACCAUGGCAACCAUCACAUUGUCAAGCGUGAUCACUACAAACAAGGCUUUCCCAAAGCAUUAGUUUGCUAGCUUUUCAGUGUAUCGUCAUUACCGCGCCUUUGUGUUUUUACUUCCUGGAAUAUAGAACAACACUGUCAGCAAAACUGCAUCCCAUUGGUUCCCAGAAGUCUGGCUGGUCCACGUCCCAGGAACCAGGAAGGGAUCAAUAACCGGCGAAUAAGAUUCUGAACGCGAAGACUCUGUUUCCUUCAUGACACGUUCACAUUUCGUACUAAAUCUGAAGAACAGCCACCGUUCUGAUUGGGUGGAGCUGACUCAUCCGUCCCGCCCACUGGUGCCGGGUCUCGAGUAGAAUGUUGAUUUUAUUUAUGUGUAAUUUAUGCUUGGCCCAAAUAUAAAGUACUUUUUCCUCAGUGAUUGUGAGCGUGUCUUCAUGACAGAGGAGGUGAUUGUGGGCAUGUCUCCUUGACAGAGGAAUUGAUUGUGGGUGUGUCUCACUGAUAGAGGAGGUGAUCGUGGGUGUGUCUCACUGACAGAGGAGGUGAUUGCGUACGUGUCUCACUGAUAGAGGAGAUGAUUGGGGUCGUGUCUCACUGAUAGAGGAGGUGAUUGCGUGCGUGUCUCACUGACAGAGGAGGUGAUUGCUUACGUGUCUCACUGAUAGAGAUGAUUGUGGGCGUGUCUCACUAAUAGGAGAUGAUUGGGGGCGUGUCUCACUGAUAGAGGAGAUGAUUGGGGGCGUGUCUCACUCAUAGAGGAGGUGAUUGUGUGCGUGUCUCACUGACAGAGGAGGUGAUUGCGUACGUGUCUCACUGAUACAGAUGAUUGUGGGCGUGGCUCCCUGACAGAGGAUGUGAUUGUGUGCGUGUCUCACUGAUAGAGAUGAUUGUGGGCGUGUUUCACUGAUAGAGGAGGUGAUUGCAUGCCUGUCUCACUGAUAGAGGAGGUGAUUGCGGGCAUGUCUCACUGAUAGAGGAAGUGACUGGGGGCGUGUCUCACUGAUAGAGGUGGUGAUUGUGUGUGUGCCUCACUGAUAGAGGAGGUGAUCAGGGACAUGUCUCAGUGAUAGAAGUGAUUGCGUUCGUAUCUCACUGAUAGAGGAGGUGAUUGCGUGCCUGUCACUGAUAGAGGAGGUGAUUGCGUGCCUGUCUCACUGAUAGAGGAAGUGAUUGGGGGCGUGUCUCACUGAUAGAGGAGGUGAUUGUGUGUGUGCCUCACUGAUAGAGGAGGUGAUCAGGGACAUGUCUCAGUGAUAGAAGUGAUUGCGUUCGUAUCUCACUGAUAGAGGAGGUGAUUGUGUGUGCGUCUCACUGAUAGAGGUGAUUGGGGGCAUGUCUCACAGAUCGAGGAGGUGAUUGCGUGCGUGUCUCACUGAUAGAGGAGGUGAUUGCGGGCAUGUCUCACUGAUAGAGGAAGUGAUUGGGGGCGUGUCUCACUGAUAGAGAUGAUUGUAGGCGUGUCUCACUGAUAGAGGUGAUUGCAUGCAUGUCUCACUGAUAGAGGAGGUGAUUGGGGGCGUGUCUCACAUACAGAGGAGGUGAUUGGGGCGUGUCUCACUGAUAGAGGAGGUGAUUGUGUGCAUGUCUCACUGAUAGAGGAGGUGAUUGGGGGAGUGUCUUACUGAUAGAGGAGAUGAUUGGGGUCGUGUCUCACUGAUAGAGGAGGUGAUUGCGUGCGUGUCUCACUGACAGAGGAGGUGAUUGCUUACGUGUCUCACUGAUAGAGAUGAUUGUGGGCGUGUCUCACUAAUAGGAGAUGAUUGGGGGCGUGUCUCACUGAUAGAGGAGAUGAUUGGGGGCGUGUCUCACUCAUAGAGGAGGUGAUUGUGUGCGUGUCUCACUGACAGAGGAGGUGAUUGGGGGAGUGUCUUACUGAUAGAGGAGGUGAUUGGGGGAGUGUAUCACUGAUAGAGGAGGUGAUUGGGGGAGUGUCUCACAGACAGAGUAGGUGAUUGCGUACGUGUCUCACUGAUAGAUGACUGUGGGCGUGUCUCACUGAUAGAGGAGGUGAUUGGGGGAGUGUAUCACUGAUAGAGGUGAUUGUAGAUGUGUCUCCCUGACAGAGGAGGUAAUUGUGUGCUUGUCUCACUGAUAGAGGAGGUGAUUGCGUGCGUGUCUCACUGAUAGAGGAGGUGAUUGGGGGCGUGUCUCACUGACAGAAGUGAUUGUGUGCGUGUCUCUCAGAUCGAGGAGGUGAUUGCGUGCAUGUCUCACUGAUAGAGGAGGUGAUUGGGGUGUGUCUCACUGAUAGAGAAGGUGAUUGCGUGCGUGUCUCACUGAUAGAGGAGGUGAUUACAGACAUGUCUCACUGAUAGAGGAGGUGAUUGUGUGCGUGUCUCACUGAUAGAGGAGGUGAUUGUGUGCAUGUCUCACUGAUAGAGGAGGUGAUUGGGGGAGUGUCUUACUGAUAGAGGAGGUGAUUGGGGGUGUGUCUCACUGAUAGAGGAGGUGAUUGCGUGCGUGUCUCACUGACAGAGGAGGUGAUUGCGUGCACGUCUCACUGAUAGAGGAGGUGAUUGGGGGCGUGUCUCACUGAUAGAGUAGGCAAUUGCAUGCGUGUCUCACAGACAGAGGAGGUGAUUGCGUACGUGUCUCACUGAUAGAGAUUGUGGGCGUGUCUCACUGAUAGAGGAGGUGAUUGGGGGAGUGUAUCACUGAUAGAGGUGAUUGUAGAUGUGUCUCCCUGACAGGAGGUGAUUGUGUGCUUGUCUCACUGAUAGAGGAGGUGAUUGGGGCAUGUCUCACUGAUAGAGGAGGUGAUUGUGUGCAUGUCUCACUGAUAGAGGAGGUGAUUGGGGGAGUGUCUUACUGAUAGAGGAGGUGAUUGGGGGAGUGUAUCACUGAUAGAGGUGAUUGUAGAUGUGUCUCCCUGACAGAGGAGGUGAUUGUGUGCUUGUCUCACUGAUAGAGGAGGUGAUUGGGGCGUGUCUCACUGAUAGAGGAGGAGAUUGUGUGCAUGUCUCACUGAUAGAGGAGGUGAUUGGGGGAGUGUCUUACUGAUAGAGGAGGUGAUUGGGGGAGUGUCUUACUGAUAGAGGAGGUGAUUGCGUGCAUGUCUCACUGACAGAGGAGGUGAUUGCGUGCGCGUCUUACUGAUAGAGGAGGUGAUUGGGGGCGUGUCUCACUGAUAGAGUAGGCGAUUGCAUGCAUGUCUCACAGACAGAGGAGGUGAUUGCGUACGUGUCUCACUGAUAGAGAUGAUUGUGGGCGUGUCUCACUGAUAGAGGAGGUGAUUGGGGGAGUGUAUCACUGAUAGAGGUGAUUGUAGAUGUGUCUCCCUGACAGAGGAGGCGAUUGCGUACGUGUCUCACUGAUAGAGAUGAUUGGGGGCGUGUCUCACUGAUAGAGGAGGUGAUUGGGGGCGUGUCUCACUGAUAGAGGAGGUGAUUGGGAGCGUGUCUCACUGAUAGAGGUGAUUGCAUGCAUGUCUCACUGAUAGAGGAGGUGAUUGGGAGCGUGUCUCACUGACAGAGGAGGUGAUUGCAUGCCUGUCUCACUGAUAGAGGAGGUAAUUGUGGGCAUGUCUCACUGACAGAGGAGGUGAUUGUGGGCAUGUCUCACUGAUAGAGGAAGUGAUUGGGGGCGUGUCUCACUGAUAGAGGUGAUUGCAUGCAUGUCUCACUGAUAGAGGAGGUGAUUCUGUGUCUCACUGAUAGAGGUGAUUGGGGGCAUGUCUCACUGAUAGAGGAGGUGACUGGGUGUGUGUCUCACUGAUAGAGGAGGUGAUAGUGGGCGUGUCUUACUGAUAGGUGGUGAUUGGGUGUGUGUCUCACUGAUAUAGGUGGUGAUUGGGAGCGUGUCUCACUGAUAGAGGUGGUGAUUGGGAGCGUCUCUCACUGAUAGAGGUGAUUGGGGGUGUGUCACUGAUAGAGGUGAUUGUGGGCGUGUCUCACUGAUAGAGGAGGUGAUUGGGUGUGUGUCUCACUGACAGAGGAGGUGAUUGGGUGUGUGUCUCACUGAUAUAGGUGAUGAUGAUAGGUGCAAUUUAUGCUUGGCCCAAAUAUAAAGUACUUUUUCCUCAGUGAUUGUGGGCGUGUCUUCAUGACAGAGGAGGUGAUUGUGGGCAUGUCUCCUUGACAGAGGAAUUGAUUGUGGGUGUGUCUCACUGACAGAGGAGGUGAUUGCGUACGUGUCUCACUGAUAGAGGAGAUGAUUGGGGUCGUGUCUCACUGAUAGAGGAGGUGAUUGCGUGUGUGUCUCACUGACAGAGGAGGUGAUUGCGUACGUGUCUCACUGAUAGAGAUGAUUGUGGGCGUGUCUCACUAAUAGAGGAGAUGAUUGGGGGCGUGUCUCCUGAUAGAGGAGAUGAUUGGGGGCGUGUCUCACUGAUAGAGGAGGUGAUUGCGUGCGUGUCUCACUGACAGAGGAGGUGAUUGCGUACGUGUCUCACUGAUAGAGAUGAUUGUGGGUGUGUCUCACUGAUAGAGGAGGUGAUUGGGAGCGUGUCUCACUGAUAGAGGAGGUGAUUGGGAGCGUGUCUCACUGAUAGAGGUGAUUGCAUGCGUGUCUCACUGAUAGAGGAGGUGAUUGUGCAUCUCACUGAUAGAGAUGAUUGAGGGGCGUGUCUCACUGAUAGAGGAGGUGAUUGCAUGCCUGUCUCACUGAUAGAGGAGGUAAUUGUGGGCAUGUCUCACUGAUAGAGGAGAUGAUUGGGGGCGUGUGUCACUGAUAGAGGUGAUUGUGGAUGUGUCUGCCUGACAGAGGAGGUGAUUGUGGGCAUGUCUCACUGAUAGCGGAAGUGAUUGGGGGCGUGUCUCACUGAUAGAGAUGAUUGUAGGCGUGUCUCACUGAUAGAGGUGAUUGCAUGCAUGUCUCACUGAUAGAGGAGGUGAUUGUGUGUCUCACUGAUAGAGGUGAUUGGGGGCAUGUCUCACUGAUAGAGGAGGUGACUGGGUGUGUGUCUCACUGAUAGAGGAUGUGAUAGUGGGCGUGUCUUACUGAUAGGAGGUGAUUGGGUGUGUGUCUCACUGAUAGAGGAGGUGAUAGUGGGCGUGUCUUACUGAUAGGUGGUGAUUGGGUGUGUGUCUCACUGAUAUAGGUGGUGAUUGGGAGCGUGUCACACUGAUAGAGGUGAUUGGGGGUGUGUCUCACUGAUAGAGGUGAUUGGGGGUGUGUCUCACUGAUAGAGGUGAUUGGGGGCGUGUCUCACUGAUAGAGGAGGUGAUUGGGUGUGUGUCUCACUGACAGAGGAGGUGAUUUGGUGUGUGUCUCACUGAUAUAGGUGAUGAUUGGGGCGUGUCUCACUGAUAGAGGAGGUGAUUGGGUGUGUGUCUCACUGAUAGAGGAGGCGAUUGGGGCGUGUCUCCCUGACAGAGGCAGUGUUUGUGGGAGUGUCUCCCAAAGUAGAAACUGAUUUUUCACAUUUGGACCCCUUUAAGAAGAUUUAAAUAGUUUUAACUCAGAUAAUCAUUAGGAGUUGGUGUCCAAGUGAUUAGUGGGCUUGGUUUCAGUGUGGAAGGUUCCCAAACCCCACCCCUGCCACAUUUUUCCAAGUAAUCUGGAAUUUUGUCAGGAAGGGCAUCCGGCGUAAAACUUGUGUCAAAUUAACAUGUAGAUCCGCCUUCGAUUUUCUGUGGCGACACUGAGUGAAAAUAAGGGAGCAGCCAAAGGGACUUACUGAGGCAGAUAGUCAUUGAUUUUCUUUAUUAAACUAGUUGCAUUUAAGAUUAAACUAUUUGACCAGUUGUAAAAAAAAGUUUUUUCUUAAUACAGAGCUGAAUUGUAUAAAAAAUGUUUUUAAAAUAACUGAAAAGAAUAAGUUGUUUAACUGCAAAUGAUUUUUUUUCCUGUUUUUCCCGCCUGCUGUUAGUUAACUAGCUCCUUUCUUAUUUUUAAACAGAUUAUCUCUUUAUUCUUGUUUGUUAUAUUUUCCAUUUAAACUCAUCUUCUCCAACUCAUCAACAUCUUUCUUUUAGCUUCGUAAGUGCUAACACUUCCUGCUAGCAUGCCAAAGCUAAGCUUACAUAUUGCUGACUGCAGGCAACUGAUCCAUAAUUUAAAGUUGGGUUUUUUUUUUCAGCAUCACUCAGUAACCAGCACUACAGAGAUCCUGAAAACUGAGUUAAUUGAUCAGUUGAUCUGCUCAACGUACAGGAAAAAAAAUGACAGACGGCGAACGUGGUGACUAAAUGUCUCGAUGGUCGAAUGACUUCACAUUGACUUUGAAUACUCUGAGAAGUCUUUUAGCUAGUAUCUAGCCUGCUAGCCGUGAUAAUGGGGUUUCCGCUGUUUUGUAUCACUUGAAUUUGGCUCGACUCUAAAUGUGCACCACUGCUAGCAUUAGCUUAGCAUUCAUUUGGUUUGUUUUACACCUGUACAAACAUGGUGACUAUAUUCAUAACAUGUUGAGGAAAAAAGCUUUGAAACAGAAUUCAUAUGUCGUUUCUGACUUUUGAAACAGGAUUUAUCUGUACUAACUUUCGAAACAGGAUUCGUCUGUCCUGUGAGACUUUUGAAACAGGAUUCAGCUGAUGUCUCACUUUUGAAACAGGGUUUUGAAACAGGAUUUAUCUGACGUGUCUCACUUUUGAAACAGGGCUUUGAAACAGGAUUUCUCUGUUGUGUCUGACUUUUGAAACUGGUGUGUGACUUUUGAAACAGGAUUCAUCUGACAUGUCUGACUUUUGAAACAAGAUUCAUCUGUCUCACCUUUGAAACAGGAUUCGUCUGACCUGUCUGACUUUCAAAACAGAAUUGGUCCAGUGUCUGACUUUCGAAACGAUUAAUUUGCUAUGUCUGACUUUUGAAACAGGAUUCGUCUGACGUGUCUGAGUUUUGACACAGUGAUGUAAAACGUGAUUCACUUGUGGCUUCAUGUUUGUAAAUAUGAAUCUAAAAUCACUUUGUGCUGGAAACAAACACUGAGGAGGAAAUGGUGGAUUUUUAACAGGAUUUGUUCACUUUUAUCUUUUAUUCUUGUCUGUUACAACGCAAACAUCAAAGAAAAUUUUAAUCAAAUUACACUUAAGUUACACUUCAUCAGAGAAAAAAAGUGUUCAUGUGACUUCUGAAGACAUCGCAAAACUCAGUAUUGCCUCCUACAGGUCAGUGCGCUGUAGCUGCUCAGACUCUUGUGAUGUCAUGCGGCGUGUUUUAUUUGUUCAUUUGUUGUUUUAUGUCUCAGAGUGUCUGAAAAAUGUAAUUUCACUGAAUUACUAAACCAAGACUCGCUGUCGUGCUCAUCGACUCGUAACCUGCAGUCUGCCUUUAAGUGUGCAACAAACAGAUGUCACACCAAAACUGGGUCCCAAAUAAAAUGUGUCCAAUAUUCCGAACUGCAAUCCUGCUUUUUCAUGUAUUCAUUAUGAUUUCUUAUAAAAGUAGAGUGGAAAUGUUUUAUGAGGAAAGUAAAACCAAACGUGUCUGCAUGUAAUCCAUCGUGUUGAUCGGGAUCAAAUCAAAGGGAUUUUUAUUGAUUGUUCCACUUUAUGUGCUUUUUAUGUAGUGCACGCUCUGUGCACGUCUGUCUCUGACACGUGUUACAUUUGACGUGUUUUUAUUAAGGUUCAUUUUUCACAUUUUUUUUACGAAGAAAUAAAAUCUGAAAUAAACACUGUUCGAAAAGGUAAUUCUGAAUUUGCAUCAUUGUUGUCCAACAGAGGGCAGUGUUACAGUGAAAGACAAAUUCACACAAACAGAAACUUUCAUCCUUGUAAUUAUUUAGGAGACUUUUUAUAUAAAAAUUAUCUGAAUUAGAAAAGACUCACGAGACUUAAAUAUAUAUAUGAUGUCACCUGCAGGUCAAAGGUCUCAAUAUUCAAUAAUAAAGAUCAAAACAACCAUUUUUGAGUUUGUAUUCAUUUAUUUCUCUUAACAUUAAAAUAUUUUCAAAGCAGUUUGUCCUUGAUGUUCAGCCUUUACGCUUGUAAUUUCUUUAUCUAAAUAAAUAUACAAAUUAUCAGGAAAAAUAAAAAAUGAACAUGUAUCAUUGUUUAUAUUCAGACUGGUGACGGUGGCUCUGAAAUGCAAAACAUUUCACAAAACAACGCAAAUUAACAAAAGAAAAUUUCAGAAAGUCAUUAAACAAAUCAUUACAUUUUCAACAUCAUACUGUGGGGUUUUGCACUUCAGGGCCACCAUACAGCGGUGAUAUUUCCGAAAAAUGUUUUUGUGAAAAUCUUAAGAAACAGAAAAGUGGAGACAAACUCUGUGUGUGUGUCGGCUCUGCAUGUCUCUCUUUGAUGUUGGGCUGUUCCAGAGGUCAGUGGCGUUGUCAUUACAGUCACUUCCGAUUUCCUGUUUGGACGUUCUGGCGCGCUGUUUCAACAAAAACACACUUCCUGUCCCAGCAGGACUCACUACCUGCCCCGCCCCCACCCCACCCAGCCUGACCUGUCAAUCACACAGAAACACAGUUAUGUUGUUCUUCUUGGACAUUUUCCUGCCUCAGUGCUUUUCUUCAGUCCAACAGUGAUGAAGCGACAGACAAAAGUCUCCAAUCACAGCCGCUCACGCUUCAAAUGCCUUUGUAGUUGCCAUGGUGACAGAUGUCAAAAAUAAGAACAUUUUUUCAAAUGGUAAAAACAGUAAAAUGUGAAAAACAUGUUUUUAAUGUUGAUGCAACCAACCGAUCAGAACCAACGGCAGCACGGUGGAUUAGUGGUUAGCACUGCUGCCUCACAGCACGAAGGUCAUGGGAUCGAUUCCCACCUGUGGCCAUUCUGUGUGGAAUUUGGGUGUUCUCCCCGUGUUUGUGUGGGUUCCGUCCCGGUGCUCCAGCUUCCUCCCACCUCCAAAGACAUGCAGGUUAAGAGAACUGGAGACUUUAAACUGUCUGGUGUCGCCGACCGAACAGUCCCCCUAAAAAUUGCCCCCCCCCACCCCGAUGACGCGGUUCACGGAUUACCACCUUGUUUCUGCUUCAAACUGCCUCCAGUCAUCAUCUAUCUCAGCGACAGAUAUCAGAAGCGUUUGUACAACAAUCAUUUCCACAUUAAUUGAGCAUUAUUUCAGCAUUAUUUGAGCAUUAUAAUAAGCGAUCAGAGCGC